AUGCGCUACUCCCUCUCCGCCCUCGCCCUGACCCUCCUCGGCCGUCCUGUCACCGCCACCCCCGUCACCCCCGACCUGGCAGCGAUCGCGGCCUCCCUCCCCAUCGUCGAACUCGGUUCUCCCAGCGCCGCGCCCACUUUCCUCCAACAAGGCAGCUUGCGCCACAACACGACCUUGCACGCCGACGCGCUCGACCCCAUACUACUCCUCUGCCCCGGGACGAACUGCCAAACCUGCACAGUCGUCGACAUGUCGGGCCAGCUCACGGACACAUGUUUCCUGGCGGGUUUCACAUUCGUCUCCGCUGCGGACGUCGUCACGAACCAAGUCCCCCUCCCGUUCACUCCCGGGGUAGGCACAUCGCAAUGCGCCAGUCUCCUCUCGCUCCCGACGGCGAACACGUGUUUCAAUAUCGGCGGUGGCCCCUUCAGCACGUUCGCUCUUCUCGACUGA